AGAUGUCUGCCAGGAUUAAUAUAGUUGAUGAACUACCUGCCCCUUUCUGCUCAAGUUUUGGAUUCUAAAACCGGUGGAGAACAGUAUUUGAUGCAGCUGGGGAUUGAACCCUGGUUGGCUGUAGAGGCUGAUUUAAUUCACUGGUUUCCCUCAUGAUUGUGGGAAUUCAGAAGACCUUCAACAUUUCUCAUAAUAAAUAGUACUAAUUUGAGUAUUCAAGGACAGUAGUCAUCUGACUGCUUGUUCAAGAUGCAGAACCAACAAGGAUAUUGCAGCUAUUGCUGCGUGAGCUACAAUAACCUGGACCAGCAUAUAGCUAGUCCUGAGCACAGAUUCAUGACUGCCCAGAAUAGACAGUGGAUGGGUACCACCAGUCUGAUGGAACGUUUCUUGCAGGAUGUCCUGUGGCAUCAUCCAUAUCAUUCUCAAGAGAGCAGAUCAGUCCAGAAUGAGAGACCUAUGAAUGCAUCACCUUCUCAACUGGUUCCUGUUGAAGUUUUUCCUGAAGAAGUGAAUGAUGAUGAUACUGAAGACGGAGAAGAGAGGCUCAGUAUGGGUUAUGAAUCCGAUGAAGAGUUAGAUUCCAGAUCUAGUGAACCUCAGGAAAAUAUUCAGAAUGUUUCCAUUCGACCAUCAGUUAUUCAAAAGUUGGAGAAGGGUCAGCAGCAGCCCUUGGAUUUUGCUUGUAAAAGUGGGAAUGGUUUAAAAGAAUUUAAUCCAGUAGGUGUCAGUCAAGCUACAAAUAAUGGGCAAAACGUAGCACGUUCCUCCGUAAGUUCUAAUGUUCAUGCUAGUUGUUUACCAGAAAUUUCAAAUGGUAGACCAGUUACAGCUAAUACUAGCAAGUUGCCACAGGUAGCACAUUUGGAUUCUGUUAGUGAUUGUGACCCUAGCAAAGCUGACAGGUACUUUGAACAGCGAGAGAGAGGUUCUAGAAACACGGUGCUAACAUCCUGUGUAAAUAUUCCUUCAGUUUCAUGUCAGAAACCUAAAGAAUCAGAUCAGAAUUCUGUACAUGUAAAUUCAAAACAGAUGAUUAUACAGGAGGAUAUAAAAACUCCAGAUAAGACUUUGUCAACUGAAUUAGCAGGUACUGGAGGCUCACUAAAAUGUGAAUCUCUUUCCAAAUUAGAAGUAAACCUGCCUAUCAAUCUGAGUAAAAAUAAAAUGCCUUCUCACAAAGGAAUCUUUGAAGAUUCCUUUCCAAAACAAAAUGGGGAUUUUCCUAACAGGUAUUGUGCCCAAGGAGAGAAAUAUCUCGUUAACAAGUCAGCUUUUUUGCAACAAAAGACCUCAGCAGGUUCUGGAAUGAAAUUUGGUUGUGGCUAUCUUCAGUCAUCUUCUGAUCAAUACAAAGAGACUGUACUAGACCUUAGGAAGGAAAAACAAAUUGACCAAGAAAAAAAGAAUGCCUUGGGAAGUUCUGAAAUGAGCUUUGAUUAUGAUUCCUCUUUUUAUUUACCAACUCACCAAUCUAAAGUGGUAGCCAAAGAAGCAAAUCUUUCAAAGGAAGAAAUUGCUGAUUUGCUAUAUACAAAUGGUAAAUCUUACACUUUUGAAGCAAGUUCAAAUUUUGAUGGUUUUCCUCAGUUGGCUGCUAACCAAAUUCAUGGAAAUGUUGAAGACACAAAUCUUCAGAAUACAAUGCCCAUUAGCCUGGUUGAUGAAUGCUAUAAUUCUAGUGAUUCUGAGAUAAAUUUUGACUGUGAUGUUUCAUUUCAGCCAAGUGAUGGCUACCUCCAACAGUCCACCAAGGUAGAAAACCUUCCUAAGGGGGUAUACAUAGGCUUGGUUGAUAGGAAUUAUGGAUCUAGUAGCUCUGAAAUAAGUGCUGAUUCUUCUUCUCCACUUGAGUCAGUAGUUGACCAACUCCCAGUGGCUGUCAUGGAAACAAAACCUCAGAAGUAUCAUAUUUACUUGGUUGAUAAGGACUACGGCUCAAGUUGUUCUGAAGCAAGUUUUGAUGAUGAAUCAAUAGUUGAUCAUCCUCAAUUGACUGUCAAAGAAAGAAGCCUUAAAGAUAACCAUGCCUACUUGAAAGAUAAGAACCAUAAUCCCAGUAGUGCUGAUGCACACCUUGGUUUUGAGAUAGUGACUGGUGAACCUCAGGAAGCUGUUAAAGAAAUAAAUCUGCUGGAGGCGAGUGGUCCCAUGGAUAUGAACUCACAUGAAAGUCAGGGACUUAAAAUCAAUUUUCAUGCUCACUUGGUGGCUGACCAAUCACAAGUGGCACUUAGAGAAGUAGACCCUCAAGAAGUAGCUUCUGAUGUGAAGAAUAAGAGUGUUAAAUCUAGUGCUUCUGAGCUGAGUUUUGUUUCUAAUGCUUCCCUUUAUCAGCCAACAAAUAAUCAACCUCAAGAGGCUUUAAGUGAAAACAAUGUGGAAGAGUCAAAUAUUGACAUGGAAGUUAAGAGUUUUGGAUGUUCCAGUUCUGACUUGACUUUCAAUUCUGAUCCCCCUUUUUUAACAGCCACUGAGCAUUCUGAAAUAGAUAAUGCAGGAAUAAGAAAAGGAUACAAAAAUCUGGAAGAUAAGAAUUAUGGGUCAGAUAGUUCUGAUAUAACUUUUGAUUCUGAUAUUUCUCUUUGCUCUGAGGAUCAAUUUCAAGUAGCUGUUUAUGAAAAGAAACCUAUAGAUUCAGAAAGUAAGCGUACUGAAUCUUGUAUUUCUGAAAUACAUUUUGAUUCUGAUAUGCCUCUUCAUUCAAAUAAUGAUCAGCCUCUAGAAGUUGUUAAAGAAAUAAUUGUUAAAAAGGAAGAGUAUGUACACUUAGAGAGGAAAAAUGAUGAGCCCCAUGGUUCUGAAAUAAGGUUGGAUUCUUAUGUUUCUCCUCAUUCAGUGACUAACCUUAAAAAUGAAGAAUGGGCACAUUUAGAAAAUUUGAAAUAUGAGCCUAGUGGUUCUGAAUUGAAUUUGGACUAUAAUAUUUUUCAUUCAGUGACUAAACUUUCUGAUGGUCCCAUUAAAGAAACAAACUUUCAGAGAAAAGAGGAUAGAUACUUAGAAAAUAAGAAUAAUGAACAUAGUAUUUCUGAAACCAGCAUGAAAUCAGGUGUAUUUUUAGUGACUGGUCAUCCUGACUUAACUGCUAAAGAAAUAAACCAGAAAAAAGAACCUGCAAGUAUGGAAGACAACGGUAACAGAUUAAGUGUUUCUGAAACAAGUUUGUAUUCCACUAUCCCUCUUCAGUCAGUGACACACAUACCUGAAGUAGUUGUUCAAGAAAUAUGGCUUCAAAAAGAAAAGCAUGUUAAUUCCAAAGAUAAAAUGGCUGAAUCUAGUGAUUCUGAAAUAAAUUCAGAUUCCGAAGCUCCUCAUUAUUUAGUGAAUGAACCUCAGAUAGCUUUGAAAGAAAUUAAUGUUCAGAAAGAAGUGCAUGUUUUAGGAAACAAAAGUGUUAUCCGCAGUUGUUCAGAAAUGUUUUUGGAUCCUGGUAUUCCUUCUCAGUCAAUGACAGAUAAACCUCAAAUAGUUAUUUUGAAUAAAGAUCACAUUGAUCCAGGAAAUGAACAUCCUGAAUCUAGAGGUUUUGAAAUAAAUUUGAAUAAGAGCCCUCUUCAUUCAGUCAUCAGUGAAUCUAAAUUAACCCUUUUAAAGGAAAAACAUGUUGACCUGGAAGGUGCAAACAGUGAAUAUAAUGAAUGCAGAAUGCAUUUUUAUCCUGUUGAAACUCUGAAGCCAUUAACUGAACAAUUUCAGGACAAAGUAAAGCUGUGGAAUGAAGAUGUUGGUUUGGAAAAUAAGAUUGAUGAACAUAAUGGUUCUAAAUUAAAUUAUUCUAAUGUUUCUCUUCAGUCUGUGGCUGAACAACCUGAAGUAGCUGCUAAACGUAUUAAACUUGAAAAUCAAAAUCAUAUUUACUUGGGAGAUACGAUCAGCCAAUAUAAUGAUCCUAUAAUGAAUUUAAAUUCUAAUUUUUUGGUGCAGUCAAUAGUUGAUCAACCUCAAAUAAACAUUUUGGAGCAGGGGCAUAUUGAACUGGAAGAGAAGCAUCAUCAGUUCUGUGGUUCUGAAAUAAGUUUUGAUUCUGAUGGCCCUGUUCAGUUAGUGGCUGAUCAGCUCAGAGAAACUGUUAAAGAAAUCAGUCUUUGGAAGGAUGAAAUUGAUGUGGAAGAGAAGAGGGAUGCCCCUAAGACUUUUGAAAUUGUGUAUGAAUCUGGUGUUAUCUUUCAGUCAGUACCUGACCAAUCUGAAGAUAUCCUUAAGGGCAUCAACUUUUGGAAGAAGCACGCUGAUGUGGAAGAUAAAAUUGGGCCCAGUAAUUCUAAAAUAUCUUUAGGUUCUAAUGAACCUCUUCAGUCAGUGACUCAUGAAUUUCAAGAGAAUAUUACAGAACUAAAUCUUGGAAAGGGACAUGUUUGUCUGGAUGAAAAAGGCUACAAAAUCGAUGAUUCUGGAAUAAUUUAUGUAUCACAUGGCCCUCUUCCACCAGUGGUUGAGCACCCGCACAUUUUAGAAGAGGAACAUGACAAUUUGGGAGAGGUAUGCGAUGAUCUUUCUGGACCUGGAAUAAGUUUUGUUUCUGAGGACCCUCUUCACUCAGUAACUAACCAGCUUCAAAGUGGUGUUACAGAAAUAUGCCCUUGGAAAGAAGAUCACAUUUAUCUGGAAGAUAAGACUUAUAACUUAGGCAAUUUUGAAGUAAACUGUGAUUCUGAUACUCCUGUUCACUUUGUGGCUGAUAAAUCUGCCAUAACUCUCAAAGAAAUAAACUUGCAAACAAAAAGUGCUAUUGACCUAGCAGAUAGGAACUAUGACUCUACUAUUUCUGAAAUAAAAUGUGAUUCGGGUAUUUGUCUUCAGUUGAAAGUAGAUGAGCCUCAAGUGAUUUGCAAGGAAAUAAACCUUCAGAAGGAAGAGCUUCUUGGCAUGGAAGAAAAGAACAGCCAGUCUGAGAUCAUAUGUAAUUCUGAUGGCCCUCUUCAAAUAGUUGUUGACCAACAUGGAGUGUCAAUUAAAGAAACAAAUCUUGAAAAGAUGCUCGUUAUGGACCUGGUGACUGGCGAUAGUGAUUGUGAAAAUAUUUCUGAUUCUGAUAACACUUUUCAGCCUGUAGUGAUUGACCCACCUCAGAUGACUGUUAAAGGGGUCAACUGUAUCAAUACAGAACAGUUUGAUCUAGAAAGUGAAAGCCGAGACUCUUUUACUUCGGAAUUAAGGUAUGCUUGUGACACUUCUAGCUCACUAACAAAAAAAUCCAAGGACACGUUCAAAGUAGUAAACCAGAAGAAAGAUUACAUUAUUCUCCAAGAGUCCAGCUGUGAGUCUUAUGGUUCUGAAAUAAAUUUUCAAGUUGAUCCCACUCCUCAGACUGUAACUUGCCAGUCACAAGGGCCUGAUAAAAAAAAAAUGAAAUAUAAUGACUCGGAAGAUAAGAACUGUGAAUUGAAUAGUCCAAGCACAAGUUUUAAGUGGGAAGAUCCAUCUCAGUCAGUGACUCACCAACGACAGAAAGUGGACAAAAAAUUUAGCUCUCAGAAAGAUGGAGUAAUUAUUAAUCUACAAGAUAAGAACCAUGACUCUAGAGUUUCUGAACUUGAUUGUAGUGCCUCUGCUGAGUCAACUCAUCAUCAAAAUGUUGAUAAAGUUCCUAUUUUGCAGUUAGAACAUCUAUCUCUAGAAAGUAUGAGCUGUGAACCAUCUUGUUCUAAGACAAAUUGUCAGAGUGGUUCUUCACUUGUGUUUGACCCUUAUAAUCCUCAAAAAGCUGUGAAUAAAGUAGACUUUGUUAAGAAGAUGUCUUAUACACUGAAAGAAAGGAAGCAGGAUUCUGAUUUAAACACUGUUCUCGUGGUUGAUUCUGAAAGUAUCCCAGAUCAAGUGCAUGUGGUCAUAGAAGAUAAUCAUGUAGAACCAGUUCUUGAAGCCUUGCCUCACAUCCCACCUUCAUUUGUAGGGAAAACAUGGUCUCAGAUAAUGAAAGAAGAUGACAUGAAAAUCAAUGCUCUCGUGAAGGAAUUCAGGGAAGGUCGUUUCCAUUGUUACUUCGAUGAUGAUUGUGAGACCUGUAAAAAUAAAAAAAAAAUUCUGAAUAAAGAAGAAAAGAUUACCCGGGCUGACCUAGGUCAGGACACUGCCUCAAAUCACAUUCUCUCAGCCGACAAUGCUAGUCUUUUUUUGGACAUUAGUGACUUAUCAGUGGCCUUAGAUAAAUUUAGCCAUCAUUCUCUAACAAAGAUGCCUUAUGAUCAACCAUACCGUGCAGCUUCUAGAUGCCAGACUGUGAAACUCAACCAUGGAACUCAAACUCCCGUGAGUCACCCAGGUACAAAAAGAACGAGGCAAGGGGAAGAUUCACCAAAAAGGAAGCAUUCAAAUGUGACCAGAAAAAGGAAGAAGAGAGUCAGAACAGAAACACUUGAAUUUCCCCAAACCUGUACUCAUAUUUUGAAGCCUUUGCAACCCAAUGCCUUACUCUAUGUUCUUUCAUCAAAUGUGUAUAAGAUAAAGGAAGAUGAAUCCUUAAAUGUCUCAAAAAUGAGGCCCAAUACUGACAUAAAUAAUGGGGUUCUUAGAGUGCAGUAUAAAUAUAAAUGGAGCACCAUUAGUGGUUAUGACACAUUGAAUCAGCAAAUGGCAGUUGAUACUUCUCCUCCGAAAAUGGAAAUGCCAGAGCAUGAGGGGAAUAUUUGGGUUAACAUACAUUUUGAUGAGAGUAGCCUAAAUGCAGGAGAUAAAGAUGAUUCACAGAACUCUGUAAAAGAUGAAUUAAUGACACAGGAGAGGGACAGUGGACAUUUUGUGUCUCUGGAAAAACCAGAGAUUUUGAAUUCUAAUGAAGUUCCUAAGGAAAGUAAUUUCCAAUUAAGUCUUUCUAAUUGUGAUGCUGCCAAAAUUCCUCCAACAUCAGUGAGGGGUAAGGUUUCAGAAAGUAAAAAGAAAAUUCAGAGAAGGAAGUUGGCAGCUAGGAAGUCGGAUUUACCCCAGAGGGCUUAUAAACCAGUCAUUCUCCAGCAAAAAAAGAGAAUUGCUUCUGAAGCACAGUCAAUUUGGAUUCAGACCAAAUUAAAUGGCAUAAUCAGAAAGUAUAUUACAAAAUAUUCUAUUUUCUUGCGUCAUAAAUACCAGUCCAGGAGCACUUACAUUAGAACAUAUCUGAAGAAAAAAUCUGAUGCUGGCAAAUCAAAGAAGCCCAAAAGACAGACCCAAAUACCUUCCAACUCAGUUCCUUCUGGCGCAGAAGAGAAGGAAACAGCUGAUGCAAAUUCCUCUCUGAAGCAACAACCUGUGCAGGGUGCACAGCAAGAGCCCCCUGAAGCUCUUCCCUGAAGCACUGAUGCAAGGUUCUGCUAGUUUUGCAGGAGCUAUUGGAAGCUUUUCUCUGAAGCAACCUGCACAGCAUUGCAGAAAGAAGAAUGGUAUAUGAAAAAAAAAAACAACCCUAAGGAAACAAAAACAUGGAAUACUUAUUAAAAUAUAUUCUUUGAGAAGUUUAUGUCCCGAAGUACCAUACUCUGAUAGAAUAAAGGUUGAGACCGACAACCAAGGCAUUUGGUAAUGAGGUAGAUGAGAAGAGUGACUGUGUUAAAGCUAGUUGAAGACUCAGUACUUCAGCCGAAACAUGUCUAAUUUUUAAAUGCAGGUAGCUCUCCCAAUUUUGGUGGGAAAACAAAACUUCAAAUAUUUUGCUACAGACAUUAUUUUUUCCAGAACUUUCAUAUUCAUUUAAAAUCCAUAUAUAAGGUCUUUUUUUAAAAAAAAAAAGAUUUGAAAGCACCUUUCUCCAUUGUUGUAGAUGAACUUUUGAUUUGUUACAGUUUAGAACAGUGUUCAUUUUUUGUUCCUAAAUCAUGCCCCUCUUAUUUAUUUUUAAUUAUUAUAUCUCAUGUCAGCAGUUUAAAAUAUUGGAAGAGUGAACAUGGCAAACAUUAAAUGCUAUCUUGUUUUACUUUUUUUUUUUUUCAGAUUGAACCCAGGGCCUCACACAUGGGAGGCAUGCACUUUAUUUUUGAAAUUUUUAUUUUGAAAAAAAAAAGUUUCUUUAUUUUUGCCUUUAAAAAUUGGUACAAAUGAAUUAAAAACUAUAUUUUAAAAUGUUUUUCCCCAUAAGAUAUAAUUAUAAGACCAUAUUUAUUCUAUGUGUUCUAAGAGUUAAUAUAUUCUAGCUGAAUAAGGAAAAAGAAGAAACUAUAGUAGAUUAUUUCCAUUUUUGAGAUGGGGUGACUACAAAUGAUCACCAAAAAAGUAUAAUUUAUCUUUCUUUAAAAAAGAAUUUCCAGAGAAUGUGAUUCCAUAAUAUUUAAUACAGUUUCUAAAAUGGCCUGGAGAAUUUACAUCUGUAAC